UAGAAGAUGAAUGUCAGGUAGAAAGAGAGAGGAAAUGUAAACUGAAAAAAAUCAAUGUUACCAAAAUUUCUGGUGAAUUUUUUCAAAGAAAUUAUUACUGUCCUUCACUUGCCUUUGUCUUGUUGUAUGAAGGUACUUUUGCUGGAAAGGCAGUUGAUAAAAAUCUAUGAUAAAGAACCCUGCGACUAAGUUAUUUGUAAACAAGCCACGGUUCUUGUUAUGUUUGCGCGGACUUGUUUUAUUCAUCUACAACAGAGUUGCAUUAUUGGGUGUUUGUUAUUCGAGAUCCUCUUCCGUUGUCAUCAUCGUCUUCCACGUCAUGAUCAUCAUUAUAAAUCAUUAUGAUCAUCUUCAAUCAAUAUCAAUAAUCAUUAUGAUCAUCUUCACACAUUAUUAAAAGUCAUAAUGAUCGAGCAUUAUUAUCAUAAUCAACAAUCAUGAUCAUCUCCAAUCAUUUUUUUAAAAAUCCAUCAACAUCACCCCUUAUCACAUCAACAUCAAUUAUCUCCAUCAACCAUAAUCAACAAUCAUCGUGAUCGUCUUCAAUCAUCUUCGUAAGCAUCUAUCAACAUCACCACUUAUUAAUAUCAAUAUCAAUUAUCUCCAUCAACCAUAAUCAACAAUCAUCGUGAUCGUCUUCAAUCAUCUUCGUAAGCAUCUAUCAACAUCACCACUUAUCAACAUCAACAUCAAUUAUCUUAAUCAACCAUAAUCAAGAAUCAUCGUGAUCGUCUUCAAUCAUCUUCGUAAGCAUUUAUCAACAUCGCCACUUAUCAACAUUAACAUCAAUUAUCUUAAUCAACCAUAAUCAAGAAUCAUCGUGAUCGUCUUCAAUCAUCUUCGUAAGCAUUUAUCAACAUCGCCACUUAUCAACAUUAACAUCAAUUAUCUUAAUCAACCAUAAUCAAGAAUCAUCGUGAUCGUCUUCAAUCAUCUUCGUAAGCAUUUAUCAACAUCGCCACUUAUCAACAUUAACAUCAAUUAUCUUUAUCAACCAUAAUCAACAAUCAUCGUGAUCGUCUUCAAUCAUCUUCGUAAGCAUCUAUCAACAUCACCACUUAUCAACAUCAACAUCAAUUAUCAGCCAUAACAAUCACCAUGAUUAUAAUCAUCUCCACCAGACCAUUCAACUGUGAUAUUAAACUGGAAAUAUGUUGUAAUGCAUCAUUGAGCCUACGACGUUGAGACAGUACCACAUAUAACAUUCUGCCGCGGAAGAUGAUUUUAUUAGCAUAAAGUGACGGCUCGUAUGCUAAUUUUAAAUAAAAGCUCUUUCAAGAUAACCUACAAGCGAAGACUGUACAUCUAAACCUACUAGUGGCCGGAUUGUUUCGUCUCAAGAAUGGGAGGUCAUGCGUGCAAGAAACCCUGACCUGGGAUUUCUGGCAUCAUUACCACCAAUUACUCGCUCUCCGCCCGUGUUUUUAUCCUGAAUUUUGUGAUUUUUUCAAGUAAAAUGCCAUUCCUUGGAACGAGUACUUAAAGAUUAAAAGGAUGCUGAGAUUCCUCGCUGCAUUUUCGUUGGCUCUAAUAACUUUAAGUUUGACAGCUAAUAGCAAUGACAUACCAAAACGAUACCGGCAAGCAAUCCCUUUGGCCCUUGUGCAGGCUGAUAUGCUAGCAAGCGCCAAGCAUCCUUCAAACAACGAAAAAUCUAACUCGACUAACAAUGGAACGCUAAACGAGUCGCACAAUGCAACCAAAGAUGCCGCUGCACAGGCAACACUUCUUCACAAAGCUAUCAACAUAUACAAUCCUGCGAUUGCCACUUAUCAACCCGAGGCGGUGUGGCGAGUAGACCAACAACCUAAUUCUGAUUAUGGCACUGAUACGAAGCAAGCGACUGUCUCUGAGAGCGACAACUCUGCACCAGCAAGUGAUCAAGACGACUUCGAGGAGUUUACGCGGUCUAAUCACUCCCAAGAAAUACUUGUUGGACCUUUAAAAUCCCUUCCAGAGCAUCCAAAUGGCAAUGGACCUCAAGAUAUGCGGCUAAAAGGACCCGGUGGAUACAAGCGGAGCAUAGCUUCUGAAGCAAACAAUGGUCAAGUCCAACAGACAAUCAACCGAUUCAAACGAGAGUUUGAUGAUGACGAUGAAGAUGAGGAACAAACAGUGAAGAAAAAGAGAUCAAAGUCGUUCUUUAGAGAGCGUCGAUCUAAAAAGGAUAAGAAGGGCGUGAAGCGUAAUGGUAUUUUUGGUAUGCCUUACAUGCCCAGCCGAUAUCGCUAUAACUAUCCUGGUACGAACCGACAGCCAUUCGAUGAAUCAGAAGUGAUGGACGAAGAAAUGUCAACUAUACCUAGCUCUCAACCGGUAGGCAUGGCAUCAAGGUUUGAAGCUACGAAUUACGAUCCUGUUGAAGAGGAAUCUCGUUCCGGCAUCGAUUCGUUUACGCGAAGUCCCGCGCCAAAUCCACUGCGUUUGCAAGAGCUGUACGAGAGAAGCUCCUCAUGGGAGCCAGUCGGUGCACCUUCUCGCUUCACCUCCGCAGAUGAAUACAGCUUGGGGCUUCCGGAUCGAAAUUAUGAAAGGUCCAUUGAGAGCGAUGCACAGACAGUCGAUGAUCGUUUUGUGUCGAAUUAUUUCAACCAAGAUCGCCGAGGCUCCAACUACAAUAACCAAAACAAGAGAAGUGACCCUUCGCUCCUCGAUUCACUGGGCAUUGGCCAGUCUGAGAUUGACGAAAAGUACUUGACUGAAGCUAGGAACAUCCAGGAAUAUUUGACACAUCCUGAACAGGAAAAUGCUGCAGGCAGUUUAGGCCAUGAUGAAAGGCAGCAUAACAGCAUACAAAUCAGCUCUUCGCCAGAGCUUUUGCACGAGAACCCAAAUGUUUGGAACAUGAUGGACAGCGGAACUUAUACGCCGAUGGCCCAAGAAGCUGAUUCCUUGCUGCCAAACAACCGUGAAAACGAGCAGGUCCUGCAAUCUCAAAAUAGCAUGGGCAGGGUGUUUGUGCCUAUGCAAAUGAACAGAGUUGCACAGGCUGUGCAGCAUGAACUAUCUAGGCAUUAUUCUAUGCCAAGGUUGCCACAUCUUACAAGUGCAGACAAGGCUGUUGCAAACUAUCCUAGCAUUGUCAGUUCGUUCUAUCCAAAUGUUCCAUAUCAGACAGUUUCUGGGGCGUCUUUGAGUCCCCCAGUUAUAGCCAAUGGCAACUAUAGGUCUUUUAUUCAACAGCCUUCUCAAAAUGGCCCACCAUUUCAACCCGUGCCCAUUAUGCUCCCAUUUGCACCUAUGGCCGGUAACGGUUUCCAGAAUAUGAUGGCAAGUAGGCAGUCUAUGUGGGGUCCUGUACCUCUACCUAUGUUUGGCAGUGCUUUUCCUAUGCCCAUGUCUUCACCAAUGAAUGAGGACAAUAGCGACAGUCAGCCCUCAAUGCGACAAGCUGCUGACACCAAGGCUACACCAAAAGAGCCUGGUAUGCUGACAGUUAGUUCUUCAAGUGACGAUGAGGUAGCAAAACAUGAACCAGCAAAGUCAACAGAUUUCGAAGAACUUGUUCCCAAUGGCAAUCAUAAUACCAUACAGCGAGUCAAUGUGCAAGGCAGGCCUAAAAAUGACACUAUUGGAUAUCUACGUGAAACAGUGUCUUCAGAUGUUGACAGCAUGAAAAUUGCCAUAAAGGAAGUGCUCAAAAGUGCAGUUGUUGCUGGAAAUAUUACCACUGACCAAUCGCAAGCCAUUUCUCGAGAACUCAGUAAUGCAUUGCUGGCAAAAGAAAAUAACCAAACGCUUGCAAAUGCCACGGGCAAGCCAAAACCUGAUGUUGCAGCAACAUCUCUGGAUAAAAUCAAUACACUUAAAAGCAACGUGGCACAUGCGCAGUGCAGUGACACCAUUCCAGGAUGCACCAGGUUUAAAGAUGCAGGGAUCUGCCCGUUCGUUGCUACUUUCAUGAAUGGUGCAUGCGCAAAAACCUGCGAUACCUGCCUAACCAAAACCAAAUCGAGGAUUCAGCAGUUGCUUGAAUUGAAAAAGGAUGUUUCGUUUGACUCCAAAGAGCCACAUGGGCCUUCGAUGUAUCUUGAUUUCGAGAGUGCCAAUAACAACAGUGUUGUUGAAGACAAGUCUGGGAAUAAAAAUGACGCAGUUCUUCUGAAAGGAGCCAAGAUUUCUGGGCGAAAAUUAGGAACGUGUGGAAUGGGAGCGGAAAUCAACGAUGGUGACAUAACUUGGGAAGGUAGAACCUUUCAUAAGAAGCCAGUUGAUGCAGUGACCCUUGCGAUGUGGGUGAAAGUGCACAAAGGUGGAACAGUGAAUUGGUUUGCCAGUGGUGACAAAGGUACAACAUUCUACACGAGCACGAAAGAUGCGAUCAUCCCUUCAAAAAUUUGGACGCACGUUGUAGGAUCGUAUGAUUCAACUACUGGGCUUUCAAGCAUUUAUAUAAAUGGGCAACUGAUAAAAGAGACGAAGCAGAAAAAAGGGCAGAAGCUUGUGCAAGACUGGCUGGUAAAUGGGAUUGGUCGGAGUUUUGGCGAUGACAGUAUGCAUUACGUUGACGAGCUAUACAUAUUUAAUCGCGCGAUAAAACCGGCUGAAGUCAGAGCACUCUACGAUAAAUGCACGUUCAACAGAAUGGUGAUUCAUUAUGGCUUUCAGAAGGGAAAUAAUUCUUUGAUUUUGGACCAAAGUGGACUGCAAAAUGAUGCCAUUCCAAUUGAAGGUGCUGUACAAAAAGACGACUGCGAACGCUGCGGAUCCUGCCUCGAUUUAACUCAUGGUCUCAACCCAACGCUGAAGAUAGAGAGAAUCUCUUUGAGUCACAUACCCACAAGGUCUGUGUCUCUUGCUCUUUGGGUGAGUAUGAAUUCUACGAAGGGAAUUCACGACUUGUUCAUAACACAAGGACCACUUGACGGCAGUGGGUAUCGCCUUAGGGUGAUUGACGGGAAAGUUCGUUGGUCCAUUGGCACUGACAACGGAGAAACAAUAUUUGAUUAUGAAACUAAGUCUGUUGUGAUCCCAGAGACUCUAUGGAGCCACAUUAUUGCAACAUAUGACAAAGAAUCUGGUGAUGUUUCCAUCUUCGUCAAUGGUGUCUCUAAGUUUAAAGAAACUGUAGAUAAAAAGCAAAGAAAAUUGCUACCAAGGGACUGGGAAACGGAGGCUAAGCUUGGCGAUAAGUCAUUUAAUGGAUAUAUGGACGAAUUCAUAAUGUACAACUGGGCUAUCGACGAAUCAGAAGCAACUUACAUUCGUAACUAUUGCGCCGAUCAUCCAAAACUUGUAAGGUUUAUCGUACACGUUCCGCUAACAAAGAGGGACAAAGUUUCGAGAUUAUCGAAAUCAAUGAAUAAACGCUCUAGCGAUCCAAAUUUAUUGGGAGAAAUGGACUAGAAAUAGACGGCUCACUUUCAGAGUAAUUGUCGAUUAAGAGAAGUGCAAGUAGUGGACGUUGAUCUCCGCUAAUCGCAGCCACUUCCACAACCAAGUAACUUAGCGCGGUAGGAAGAAGCGGCCAAGCGAAUUCUUGGAGAAAUUAGAAUCUGGACUUUUUUGGGAAAUUUUGUGCAUCCAGCAGAAAUCCAUUCUUCCAGUUUCGAGAGAUGUUGUGGAUUGAGUAGACAGAUGGAGACUAUGGUUAAGUACGUUGGUCUACUCUUAACCAUGUUCCAAGCCCGUAGCCUGUGGAGUAGGGGUGGCAAAUCCCCAGACUUGUUGCAGGCAGACGUUUCAGCAAUUCCUUUUAUAAGUUUUGUUUAGCAGCGAAAUUUUUUUUGAGCGCCAGGCACCAUCUUGAGAGGCCCAAAUAAACUUAAUAUAUAGGUAAUAUAUGGAAAAUAAGAGAUCCAAAUAAACAAUUCUCUUGCUCCAGGGGUGGCAUUACCAUCCCAUGCCACCCCUUGGCUACGGGCCUGCCAUGUUCACUCCAAAGAACUUUUUUUAAACUGGCAAUGAUCUGCUAUCCCGGACGAUGGUUAUUUGAACAAAUUUGUCGUUAUCCACUUGGCUAUAACGAUCCAAAAGCAGUUUAUUUUCAUGAAAGUUUCUUUAUGAACAAAAUUUGUAUCGAUAGAGUUAUUUCGAGGUGAUAUUUAUGUUGGAUCUUCCCAACAACGUAGUGCAUUUUUUCACCAGAGGCCAUUACCGGCAAAGACUCAUGCUUUUAGAAUAUUCCAUUUGGAAUCCAAAAUCGGUUUCGGAAAAAGGCAAUUUGUAUUUUGUUAUUCAUUUGACUACAGGAGAUCGAUUAAAGUGUUCUUAAUCUUUAAUUGUCAAAAACACCGCAUUUAUCUAACAGUAGUGCACAUUUUUAUGCAGUGAUUUGGGCAUGCGUCAAAAUUGUUCUUAAGUAGUGACGUCACACAAAUGCAAAAUUAGUUGAAUGUGUUAGGAAUUGGCUAAGAUCUCUCCAUAUAAGAACAGGCUUUUUCCCCGUCAAACCUCUGUAUUUUGUUCUCUAUUCAUAACUUUAUGAACAGAGCAAAAAUAACAGUAAACUGUUAGAAAAUUUAAAGUCUUACAUUGGCUAUAUCUCACCAGGAAUUUGACAUAUUUAACUAAUUUUUCAUAGUUAGUGGUCAAAAUUCUUGAAAUACAUUUUGUAUGACGUCACGUCACACUUUAUGGUUAUGGGUCACAAAAUGAUUUCUACUUGAUCAAUAGUAAUAUAAAAUAUUGUAUUUAUAUAUUUACUAUGCUAACAUUUAAAUCAAUAUCUGAUAAAUAUUCUGAUAUUGAUGUCUUUGUAAUGCUUUGUAAUGCAGUAUAACUUGAACGACCAAGUAUGUAUAAAAGGGAUCUAAUAUUAAUGUUUAUAGUUUUCAUGUUAGUAGCCGAUGUAAUUUUUAAGAAAAGAGGAAGAAACACAAACUACUUACAUUGUGUCAAUCAGUCAUAUCUUCGUAGUCUUUACACAGAAACUUUUACUAGGUAACCUUUCUUAAACGGAUUGGCAUUAAGCUAUGUGCUUGGUGGGUGAAUUGCAUAGUGAAUAGAUAUAGGAAAUUGAAUAGAUAACAGAUGAUCGCAUUGAACGUGAAACUGGGAGUAGCAUACAUCAACGCGUGCGCAGCUCUGUCAUGACAUCGAGCACUCAAUAACAGACCGAUAUAAAAUAACAGUAAUUUUCACUAAAAUUUAUUGAUGAAAAUGUUUGUGAUGGACAGUUGUCAAAAGUUUUUCUUCCUAUGGAGUUUUUUUUACGUGUUUUUCGUAGGGCAUUUUAGUAUAAGUAGAUAUUUUAUUUAGAUUUCUUAUUCAGAGAUUUUUUACCCUUUAUUACUUUCAUUUUUAACCUUUUCAUUUUUAGCUUGUAAUUACUUUUCAUUUUUAACCAUGUAAAUACUUUUAUUUAGAAUAGGGCCCUUAUUGAUAACAGUGCCUCUGCACUGAAAAGGUUUUACCCUGUAUAAAUAUUUCUAUUAUUAUUAUUAUUAUUCUAUUGAAAUUUAUAUGAUUUAACACUGAAAAUGUAUAUAUUUUGACAGUGAGACUGACCUAGGUGCUGGACGAAUUAGGGUGCGACUCUCGACAAUUGAUUAAACAAAGAUCAGAUCUAUGAAAAGAAAGGUUGUUGGGCAGAGUCCAAAAAAAACGGUCGCACGGUCAUCGAACGAAGGAAGAUUUGAGAAACAAUCGAAAUUUUGAGGAAGAUUUUGGUAAAAAAUAAUUUCAAAAAACAAUUAAGACACCUUUAUUUUGCACUUUACAGAGUCGAUUGGUGGCGCGAGCCACUAGGUUUUGAAAAGUGGGGGGGGGGGGUGUGGCCUAACAAAUUUUUUAAGGCCAGGCCCUUUUGCCGCCAGAAAUUACAUCUGAAAAGAGAAUACUGUUCGCGUUCCAUGGUUUUGAAAUUUUUCAAUUUAUAUUAUAGCAUAUUUUUAUCGAUUUUAUUAUUCGACAUUUAAAUAUUAUUCUUGAGCAGUAAUGUUUUGAUUGUUAUUAUAGCAAAGUUUUAUCGUAUGCGAUAAUUUUGUCUCUGUCAGCCCCUAUGCCCUAGCCACUCCCUAGCCACGCCCUAUCCACGAUGAUUGCGUGAAAAAUUGGAGUAAGGUUUUGACAAGGAAAAAUUUGACCGGAGGAAGGUUAAGGACUUUUCUGGACUUUGUCUUUGAGAAGACUUCUUUUCUAGACUUUGUCUUUGAUUAUCACUCAUAUCAUGCAAGUUGAUUUUCAUAUGCCAAGAACCUACACGAAGAAUACCCUGGAAAGCGAUAGAAAACAUUCCUUGUUUCUUGGAAAAUGAUGUUACUAGGAUUAAAUGAAAUUACUACGUACAUUUUCAGAAACUGCAGGAGUACCAGUAGCGGAUAGCUGUACUACAUGCUGUGAGAAAGCAGUAGCUAUGAAUUUCCAUCAAGAAAGGAGCAUUAUCAGCUCAGGUCCUGAGUAACUAAGCGCUUUUGGAUUUUUCGUUGACUUUCAAAGCAAACAGUUGGCAUUAGUUGCACCUGUGAAGCCCGAUAGCAUAUAUUUCUGAAGAAUUGAUAUACCUAGCAACGGACGAAAGACAAUUCUUCUUAAAAAUACUGCUGAGAAUUUAGUUUAAGUGCUAAGCAACGCCAAGAAGCAGGCACUGUUUCAAACAGCAUCGAUGCAUAUUCCAGCCAGUAAACAUACUAGAGUUUCUAACACUUAGACACGGAAGUUUCUAACAAGGAAAAAAGAAUCUUCAAGAAGACUGGCUCUUCCUGUAAAAAUGUUAUAAAAGCCAGCUGCCGUGUAACCCUGCAUUGAAAAAUAU